AUGCUUUUCACAGAAUCCGUGGUUUUUUUGGCUACUCUUUGGGCUGCAUUUAGUCUUGGAACAAUCUACCUCUUUACUCAAUCUGUCGAGCAGAUUUAUGGACAACUCUAUGGUUGGAACUCCCUACAAGCAGGAUAUGUCCAAGUUGCUAUUGGCAUCGGUGAGGUAUUUGAAUGUGGACUUUGUAUGUACACCAAUCGCUGGUACUACGACUCCGCUGUACGAAAUACCGAAGUUCCUGGUACAACUAUUCCUGAGGCUAGAUUGUAUCCAUCAGUCAUUGGAGGGUUCUUGGGUGUCACAGGUGGAAAGUUUUUCAAGUAUGCAGCAAGCGCUUUGAUCGAAAACGCCGCCCUUGCGUUUAUUCCACUUGCUUCAGCAUCAAUGUACACGGAUCUCAGAUUUCAAUGGGCUAGCUCACUUCUCGCGUUGUUAUCUUUAGCGCUUGUUGCUACUCCAUUCGCGGUCUUCAAAUGGGGUAAACAGAUCAGAUCUCGCAGCCCAUUCAUGAAGGAGGCCAUCAUCGAACGGCACCACGCAGUUUUACAGCAGCCACUGCGUGUCUGA